UAUUAACAGUAUCAUGUGGAUCUCGGGACAGUUGGCAACAAUCCAUUGCAUUAUAGACAUUUUUCAAUGAAGAAAUUAAUAUAAUCGUGGGAAGCUUUCACACGUUUGUAGUCAUCUUGAUCAUCAUUAUCUCGUGCUCUUUGCUGCCCUAUCCCUUUCAUCGCCAAACGCACACGUCAGUAUGAAUCACCUACGAUGUUUACUGUCUUUUCUUAUGUAUAUCUGCUGCGUUGAUCCUAAUGCGAUCCCUAAGCAGAAUAUCCUUCUGCAGCGACUGUCUCAUCCUUUUAAGGAAAAAAGAAGCAGCAGAGAUUGUCGGAUUGAAAUACAGAUAGUUAGUACUUGGAAAGAAGGGGGAAGUUAUCAUGCAUGGCAAUGGAGUUAUCGGGAUCCUUUCAGAGUCUACAAACAAGUGGGAAAGAAGGGUUCCUUUAACGCCAUCACACUGUGCUAGACUUCUGCACAGUGGGAAGGGUAAAGUGGAAGUGACACGCAUUAUUGUACAGCCAUCAACAAAGCGGAUACAUCAUGAUGCUCUGUAUGAGGAUGUUGGCUGUGAGAUUUCUGAGGAUUUAUCCGACUGUGGUCUCAUAUUGGGUAUCAAGCAACCAAAGUUGGAGAUGAUUCUCCCUGACAGAGCAUAUGCAUUUUUCUCCCAUACUCACAAAGCACAAAAAGAGAAUAUGCCUUUGCUAGAUAAAAUCUUGGAUGAGAGGGCAUCUUUGUUUGAUUAUGAGCUCAUAGUUGGAGAUAAAGGGAAGAGAUUACUUGCAUUUGGCAAGUUUGCUGGUAGAGCUGGACUUAUUGACUUUUUAAGUGGAUUGGGAAGAAGGUAUCUAAGUCUUGGAUAUUCAACACCAUUCCUGUCACUAGGUUCAUCUUAUAUGUAUCCAUCAUUGGCUGCUGCAAAAGCUGCAGUUGUUUCUGUGGGUGAAGAGAUAGCUACUACCGGAUUGCCUUCAAGCAUUUCUCCUUUAGUUUUUAUUUUCACUGGUUCUGGAAAUGUUUCUCUUGGAGCUCAAGAAAUAUUCAAGCUUCUUCCUCAUACAUUUGUGGAUUCAAGUAAACUUCCAAGACUAUUUGACAAGGGCGUGGAUCUUUGUCAACCUAAACGGGCUUUCCAAGUGUAUGGCUGUAUUGUGACUAGUGAAGACAUGGUUGAACACAAUGAUCCCAAUGAAGUUUUUGAUAAAGUUGAUUACUAUGCACAUCCUGAGCGCUACAGACCAGUUUUUCAUGAGAAGGUUGCUCCAUAUGCAUCUGUUAUAGUUAAUUGCAUGUAUUGGGAGAAAAGAUACCCUCGCUUAUUGACUACCAAGCAACUACAAGAUUUAACACAUAAAGGCUGUCCACUUGUUGGGAUUUGUGAUAUAACUUGUGAUAUAGGAGGAUCCAUAGAAUUUAUAAACAAAUCCACAUCAAUUGAUUCACCUCUUUUCAGAUAUGAUCCAUCUGGGGACUCGUAUCAUGAUGACGUGGAGGGCGAUGGCGUAAUUUGUUUAGCUGUUGACAUUCUCCCUACUGAGUUUGCCAAAGAGGCUUCACAACAUUUUGGUGAUGUACUUUCCAAUUUUAUUGGGAGUUUAGCUUCUUCAAAAGAUCUAGAAGAUCUACCUGUUCACUUAAAGAGAGCUUGUAUAGCACAUAAAGGAGCUCUCACUCACUUAUACGAAUAUAUUCCCCGAAUGAGGAACUCACAAGAAGUGUCUGAGGAUGUUGCCAACUUUGGAUCUUUUAAGAAUAGAUACACUAUGCUGGUUUCUCUUAGUGGUCAUCUGUUUGACAAGUUUCUGAUUAAUGAAGCCUUGGAUAUAAUUGAAGCUGCUGGUGGCUCUUUUCACCUGGUCAAAUGUCAAGUUGGUCAAUGCACAGACUCUACAUCUUACUCAGAACUCGAAGUUGGUGCAGAUGAUAGUGUUGUUCUUGAUAAAAUAGUUGAUACUUUGACUUCUAUAGCAAAACCUAAAGAAGGUCAUGGAAUUCCCAAUGGAAAAACAAACAUGUUUGCACUGAAAGUUGGUGAAGUGAAGGAUAGUUUUGUCAAAUUAGGAUAUGGUUCAAAAAAGAACACGGUUCUUGUGUUAGGUGCAGGGCGUGUUUGUCAACCUGCUGUUGAACUUUUGGCAUCAAUUGGAAGUGAUUCGUCUCCAGAAUGGUUAAAAUCAUGUAGAAUAGGUGAAUUUGGAGAGCAGAAUAGUAUUCAAGUUAUUGUUGCAUCACUUUUUCUUAAGGAUGCAGAGGAGAUAACUGAAGGUAUACCCUAUGCAAUUGCAUGCCAGCUGGAUGUGAUGGAUCAUGAUAGUCUCUAUAAGUACAUCAUGCAGGUUGAUCUUGUUAUCAGUCUAUUGCCUCCAAGUUUUCAUUCCACCAUAGCUAAUGUCUGCAUUGAGCUUAAAAAACAUCUUGUGACUGCUAGCUACAUUAAUGAUUCAAUUUACAAGCUACAUGAAGCAGCCAAAGAUUGUGGCAUUACAAUUCUUGGUGAAAUGGGGUUGGAUCCUGGAAUAGAUCAUAUGAUGGCAAUGAAGAUGAUCAACGAAGCACAUGCCCAAGGAGGGAAAAUCAGGUCUUUUGUUUCCAAUUGUGGAGGUAUUCCAUCCCCUGCUGCAGCAAAUAAUCCAUUAGCUUACAAGUUCAGCUGGAAUCCAGCUGGAGCUAUACGAGCUGGACGCAAUCCUGCCACCUACAGAAAAGAUGGAGGAAUUGUACAUGUUGAUGGAGAUGAUCUAUAUGAUUCAGCUAUAAAAUUUCGGAUGCAUGAUUUUCCAGCUUUUGCACUUGAGGUCCUACCUAAUCGCAACUCCUUAACUUAUGGAGAUUUAUAUGGGAUACAAAAUGAAGCAUCGACCAUUUUUCGUGGCACUCUUCGUUAUGAAGGGUUUGGUGAAAUAAUGGGUACACUGGCAAAAAUUGGUUUCUUUGAAAGUGAUGUUAGUUUGAUUCUUACAAAUAAAGAUAAAGAUAGACCUACGUAUAGAACAUUUCUAUUUGAACUGUUGAAGAUUGAAAGCAGGAGUUUUGAUGAAUCUGUGAAGCCAGAUAAGCUUAUUACAGAAAGGAUAAUAGAACUUGGAUUCUGCAAAGAGAAUGGAACAGCAAUCAAGACAGCUAAAGCAAUUAUGUUUUUGGGAUUUUAUGAGCAAACAGAGGUACCUUCAUCUUGUGAAAGUGCAUUUGAUGUGACAUGCCUUCGGAUGGAAGAAAGAUUAGCCUAUAACACCACAGAACAGGACAUGGUUCUUUUGUAUCAUCAAGUAGUGGUGGAAUUCCCAAAUGGUCGGCCUACAGAAAAACAUGAGGCAACCUUAUUGGAAUUUGGGAGGACUCAGAAUGGGAAAACAAUAAGUGGCAUGGCCUUAACAGUUGGGAUUCCUGUAGCAAUUGGUGCUUUGCUUUUACUUGCGGGAAAAAUUACAAGUACGGGUGUCUUAAGACCUAUUGAUACGGAAGUUUAUGAGCCAGCACUCGAAAUGUUGCAUGCUUAUGGAUUCAAUAUAAUGGAGAAAAUUGAUUAACUUCGGUCUUCUUGAUUAACAAAUGGUGUAAAAGUAAAAACAAAUGAAAAUUAAGUUGAUAAUUUCAUCAUUGUAGAUUGAUCAUGUAUGUAUAUACGUAUCAUGUGUAUUGUUAUUCUACAUGAAGGGGUUCUUUCAUACUA